GGGCCGAACGGUGAGCGCGGUCACGUGACUGCAACAGCCAACCCGCCAAUUGGAGCGGUCGCUGGGAUCGCCGAGCCCGCAGCCCGAACGUGCUGGAGCUGGCGGUGCGGACUCCGUUGAGUUGAGGGAGCACAACUCGUCUGCUGAAGAGCAUCCUCGCUUGCAAGCUUCCACAGCAGUUGCUAGUGUGCUCAUGCAACCUGUAGUGGUUCUCCCUGUGCGCUGACCGCGUUCGGCCAUUAGGACUUGUCGGACUCGGCCUGGGGCUGCAGUUCGUGCCAUCGCAGGCGGCCCCCAAGCCGCAUGCUUACACGGGAGCGGCACAACGCCACGACGUUUGCGGCCUAGCACGACAUGACGACCUGCAUCGAUCCCAAGUCCAAGUUCCUAAUUUUGGCUAGAGCCAUUGAAGGGCCUCGUAAAGAGCAGAGCCACGUCUUGUCGUUGCGAUGGAUCGCCUUACUCUGCCGAAGCUGGCCUUGCUCACUUCCUCGAUUCAAUUGCAGGCCCUUUGUCUGUCAACUCUCACCUCUCAUCAUGGUCUUGCGUUGACGCCUGACAUCUCUCUCUAUGCGACCGGCGGUGGGAAGCCAUGGCCAAGUCGGACGCUGACAACGCGGCCAGUAACAGCUCGCGUCCCAUCUUCUUCUACAGCAGUGAGAAGGACUUGUGCGCUGCGCGCGACUUUGCGUUCAGCGCGCCGAACAACACCGAGUUGGGCGACCUCUGCGUGUACAUAGACGAGGCGCCUGUGCGAGGGCUUUGGGCAUGUCCAGCGGGCGAGGAUCAAUGCUGGACGAUCGCGAAGCCAUGUCUGGGAAGCGGGUCGAAGCAGGCAAGCUCGGAUCAGAUCCAAUGCACGGCUUCGAAUAGUACGUGGUGCUGCAACAGGUUGUGGGAGAUGUGCUCGAGCAACGGCAGCCAAACGGAAAUUUGUUUGGCAGCGAGGUUCGACAACCCUCUGGCAAACGUAGAUGCCUCGGUAGCAUCACAGAUUGCUAAAGACGCCAUCGCCUCCUCGCAGACGGGCGUCAUGCUGACGGUGCCAACGGCCGUGACCGAGAAGGUCUCCACAGUCGACAUGGUCGUGCCGGGCAUCAACAUCAUCCCCGCCUCAGAGUCCGCAAGCUUCACGCUCACCAGCGCGUUCGCAUCCGGAGCGGCGACAACCACGAGCGCGAGCUCCACAACCACCGCGUUGCUGAACAGCAUGAACAACAUGCCCGCCUCGAAACUCAGCGCCGGCGCCAUAGCCGGCAUCGUCGUCGCCGCGCUCGGCCUCAUCAUCCUAGCCUGCAUCGUUGCCUUCCUCGUCCGAAGGAGAAGGAAGCAACGCGCGACCGUCGUCCAGCGCGAAUCACCCUCGGAGAGCAACGACGGCCUUUUGGCCCCGUCGAGCGAGGCUGCCCCGAGCCCCCAGCCGCCAAUGGCAGCGGUAACGCCGCCAGCGGCGGCGGCGGCCGCUGCGCCGCAGGCCAUCUCUCCCCCCGCAACCCCGAAGAUCCGAACCUCGCAUUCGGUCAGGAGUGGGCCGGUGCAGGACAUGGGCAUCCCGCUCGAGAACGAGUCGCUGCUAGAGCCCAGCCCGCUGCAGACGUUGAUGAUACACGGUAGAUACCCCAACCGCUGAUUUACAAUAGCAUUCGUCUGAAAUUCCUUCCUCCCCCUCCCCCGCCCCCACUCACCUGCUGGUCCAAUAAAACUGCCGUGCUAAAUGUCACUUCUUCCUCUCCCUUGACUAUGCUCUGAGGCACGACAGACAUCACGUUGGUGAACCAAAAAAAAAAAAAAAAAAAA